AGGCUAGCCUCACGCCAAGCUCACGGUCGGGAGUCUAGCCAAAAAGUAGAAGAAGAAGAAGAAGAGAGCAUAGUAUUAGUAUGGAGACAAAAUAUUUAUGUAUUGAAAUAAUAAUAAACAAGAGUUCUGGGCUAUUAUUUAGUUAAUAAAAAGUUAAAACAUUUGAAUUAGUGAUAACUGUUAACACGUCAACUGCUAGUGGAACUUCAAAUUUGCAGAACGUUUUAUAUCAGAGACUUAUAUCAGAUUCAAGAUGCCAGACACAAUGGAGGAUGACAUGAGUAUGUCAGUACGUUUGACAAACGAUGAUUUCCGUAAGUUAUUGAUGACGCCGAGAUCGUCGGUGCCAUCUUCAACACCGGCGUCAAUGCCAGGAACAGCAAGAGAUACAUCAACAAAAGUAUCACAGACUCCAUCUGUGAGCGGUGGUAACAGAGCUGAGCUCAGACGUAAAAAGAAGAGUUUUUAUGCAAAGUUGAAAAAGCAAGAAGAAGAUAAAAUGGCAGAAUUAGCAGAAAAGUAUAGAGAUCGUGCUAGAGAGCGCAGGGACGGCUCGACAACGGAAUAUCAACCGGAAGACCCCAUGAACAGUACAAGCGCAUACAGAGCAGUCGCACCUGACGUUAAAUCUGGUAUGGAUGCUGCAGAACGCAGGAGACAAAUGAUUCAGCAGUCAAAAUUCUUGGGAGGUGACAUGGAGCAUACUCACUUGGUCAAGGGUUUGGAUUAUGCUUUGCUGCAAAAGGUGCGGAGUGAAAUCGAGGCGAAGGAGACGGAACAGGAGCAAGAGAUGGAAAAGUUGGUGAAGCCAAAGGAGAAGGAAAAGAAAGAGGAGAAGAAACCGGAAAAGAAGCCGGACGAGAUGCAAUUCAAGACGAAAAUAGGUCGAAACAUACACAAAACGAUAAUGACGAUGAAGUCGAAGCACGUGGAGCGUAAUGAGUUGUUUACACCGGGCCGCAUGGCCUACGUAAUAGAGCUGGACGAUGAGAAUGCGGAGGUGGACAUACCGACGACGUUGAUAAGAAGCAAAGCGGAUGUACCAACGGUGGACGCGACGCCGACGCUCACCACGAACGACAUAGUAAUAAACAAGCUUGCACAAAUUUUGUCGUAUCUACGGCAGGGUAAUCGUCACGGGAAAAAAGGCAAAAAAAAUAAAGACGGUCGUACACGUGGAGAAGAAACGAUGGAAGGUGAGGGUCCGGCACGGGCUCAGGAGGACAGUAUUUACGGGGAUAUCGGUGAUUAUGUGGCUUCUGUGAGCAAAAAAGAGUCAACAUCGAGCGGAGGCUCUCGUCAACACGAUCAGAAGAAAAAACAAGGUUCUUACUUUAACAAGCCAGCAGAGACAAGCGUAAGCACAGACGACACGGCAAACGCACCACAAUUGCCAAAUAUUCUCGCAGCUGUUGGUGAAGCAGCUGGUGGUCCUAAGAAAGGAGCAUUGCUCAAUAAAUUGAGAGCCGAACCCGAAGGAUAUGCCGAGUGUUAUCCCGGCUUGGACGAGAUGCAAGACGCCAUUGACGACUCGGACGACGAGGUCGAUUACACGAAGAUGGACCUUGGCAAUAAAAAAGGACCGAUCGGUCGGUGGGACUUUGACACACCCGAAGAAUACAGCGAAUAUAUGAACAACAAAGAAGCAUUGCCCAAAGCUGCUUUCCAGUACGGUGUCAAAAUGGCUGACGGAAGAAGAACCCGAAAAUACAACAAAGAGAAAAACGAAAAAGCCGAACUCGAUCGGGAAUGGCAGAAAAUUCAGAAUAUCAUGAACAAAAGAAAACCUUCGGGAAGCAAUUUGGAGGGCGCACCCGAAUUCAAAGUUCCAAGAUAUUAGCUUUUCUGCAAAUAACCGUAAUCCGAAAUAACAAGUAAUCUUCGGGGUGUCUUGUAACACGUAUUUAUAAGCGGUAACUUGAAUUGGUGCCCGAAUUCAAGGUAGAAAUGUGUAUAUUACAUCCUGCUGAAUUAUUCCAAUAGUGUUCGGUGAUUUUGAGAACAGAAAACAUUUGAACAUUAAGAAGAAUAACAGAAUUAAUACGAAUGAACACGAAAAUAAAAGAAUGAAAAUAUUUUUGUGCAAAAGACUCCGAAUAUCUCCGAAAAACUCCGAAUAAAGAUUAGUAAUCAUU